AAAGCAAAUCUUUCAUUUAAAGUGAAGCAUGAUAUUUUUCAUUUGUUUAAUUUAACUCAUUCUAUUUAAUUUAGUUUUAUUUUCCAUUAAAUAUCAAAGUGGAAAGUAGUAUAUGAUUUGAAUAAGAAAUGAUGGUGGAAGAGCCUGCUGAAGAUGCUGCUGUCCUGCAAGAGACAACAGUAACUGAAGACAAAGAGAUAAUGAUCAUAAGAGUGCUUACUCUUAAUAUUUGGGGAAUUCCAUUUGUAUCAAAAGACAGAGAAGCCAGGAUCAGUGCCAUCUGCCAGCAGAUCUGCAGUGCAAGUGAACCGUUCAAUUUUUUGUUCCUGCAGGAGGUUUGGAGCUCACAAGACUACACAACCAUUGCUGCAAAGCUAAAGGAAGUUCUUCCUCACUCACACUUCUUCUACUCCGGAGUUGUUGGAGCCGGUUUGUGCAUAUUUUCCAAGUCUCCGCUCACCUCCAUACACUUCCACCCCUGGAGCGUCAAUGGCUUGCCCCACAAAGUAUACCAUGGGGACUGGUGGGGCGGCAAGGGAGUGGGCUUCUGCAGGACACAAGUCAAUGGCAUUAACUUCAUUCUUGCAACCACUCAUCUACAUGCUGUUUACCAUCACCUUCAAGAUGAAUAUCUUCAUCAUCGAGUUGUUCAAGCAUAUGAAACAUCCCAGGUGCUGGACUGGUGCUCAUCAGCGGACUCCGUUGUGAUAUUGGGGGGCGAUCUGAACUGCGAGCCGCACGAGGUUCCCUACAGACUGCUGCGGGACAACGCUCAGCUCAGAGAUGCUUUUUUUGAUGCUCCUAAUAAGCCUGUUGACGGCAUCGGUGCCACUAACGAGACUCCCGGCAACAUACUGAGUUAUAUUUGUAUUUAUUACAGCCUGUUGACGUGGGUCAAGGCUCACAUUGGCAUUAUGGGUAAUGAGCGUGCUGAUGCAGUUGCCAAACUGGGACAUCACCUUGACCACUCUGCCUUGUUUCCUUUACCUUGCUCAGAUGCUCUUGCUGGUCUUCGCUUCUCCGACCAUGAGGCCGUGAGGGCGGUCUUCUCUCUGACCAGGAAGCACGACACUGACCUGGAUGAUGAAACUUUGUCUAGCAACGGCCCCUCCCCUCAUCGGUUCCUGGCCCCAGCGACGGAAUGCAACGGCGGCUUGACCGACAAACACAAGAACGCUGCGAACAACAACAGCGGCGCUCAGCUCAAGUCUCAGCUGAACGCCAUGUCAAAACUCACGCUCACUCUCCACCAGCAAACCGACACUCUGCUCGACGCAGCUGCCAUUUGUGCACAGGGCAAGCGUUCCAUGGACUCAUCGUGGAACUUUUACGCCUUCUUGAGUCUGGCUUUAACUCUGGUUAACCUCAUAUUGAUCGGUCUUAUAUGUCCCCAGGGUACCGUGCAAACUGGUACUUCGUUCUUCCUCAUGAUGGUGCUACUCGCGACUGUUCUUGUGACGUUUUAUUCCGUCUGGAUGGUCGUUGUGUGGAACAAGAUGGAAAGAAAUGCCGUCCUUGCCACUCAACUUGGACUAGAAUGCUUGCUCGAAGACAUGCGGAAGAAGAAUGCUAUACAAUUCCAGAAAAUUUCUGUGCCUGAUUUGCGGCGGAGUGGUAAUGACAAAUGACAUUGUGAUUGAAUGUUCGUGGCGCCUGUCGAGAAAAUGUUUUAACUGAUUUUGUACGCUGAUGCUUACUUUCAUCUCAAAAAUUGACUCAUCUUGUAUUUUGUGACGUAACUUAAAUAAUGCGCCGUACAGUGCUUACCUAAUGGGACCAUUAUUUCCGGUAUUGUUCAGUACAUCUCAUCCCUUAUAAAGUUCCAUUAAUAAUACCUGAGCUACGUAAAGCAAAUACCUGCUCUGAACAAUUUAACGACCACAUUUCUUCUUUUGACUGUUCCUAUUAUUUUUCCGUGUGGUCUUCCAUAUUAGACGUUGAUUGCAGCGAAAAUGACGUUCACGCUGAACCUUCUCCGCAGCCUGUAACACUGCGCUCAAGCCUUAAAAUCAAUAGUAUUGCUGCCCUUAUUACUAUUGGAUUGCAUAUCCUCGUUGUACUGAAAUCAUCAGAAACAGCAAAACAUCUUCUCAAUAUUACAUCAUUGAGCUGCAUUGAAGCAAGAAAAUACUGCAUUUGUACCCCUACUACCAUCACUCGAUUGCCGUUUACCAAGCAUUGUGUACUCUAUGCUUCGAAUUAUUCUUCAAGUUGAAGUUGCUGCGUCAGUUUGUAGUCAGUAUCAGACAUCAGCUCUCUGCUCAAGAUGUAUUGUCCUUACCAUGACGGAAAGAAAUCAAUGUCGCCUGGUGACACGAUCAUGAAGAUUCAGCUCGAAAAGUGGAAACUUUUUGAAUUAUUUUCAUAUUUCUACGUUGGUAGGAUGAUAAUAUUUCUCGACUGUGUUGAUGUUGGCAAAUAUUCUUGUUUAUACUCUUAUUCUAAGGGCAACUCUCAGACUGGCCGAACUUUCGACAAUAUUGUCUUACUUAUAAAACUUGCGAUUGUGGUACAAUAAUCGUGCUAUGACUAUACUUUAAUAACAAUACCUACUCAAGGGCUUCCUCUUCAACAUCUGGUGAUCUUCUGGUAUAUUUCUAUGCAUUUUUAUAACUCGUAUAUACAGAUCUGAUGUUGACAAUAACUACACUUACGAGCUUUGGAAGGCGAUCAUCAAUUUAAUCUACCCUCUUAUAAAUACAACUUUUUUUCUAAACCAUUUAAGUACUAAAGCUAUUUUUAUUCAUUGUGCAUUGUUACUAAUAAAUUAUCUUUAGGUUACUAUUUUCAGCGAAGGUAGAACAGAUAGACGCAGUUGAAUACCGUCAAAAAGCCUGAUGAAGCAUUUAGAUUUUCAACUUUUCACCUUUCUUACAUUGGUAGGUACGGAGUUUCUUAGAAUAACUUAACUAAACCGUCAAUUUAAUCAUUUAGGUGUGGAGCAUAUUCUGUUCAAUAAUUUCGUACGUGCUACACUUUAUAUGCCAGCCACAGAUUGAAGUAUUAGAGCUUUCACAGAUUUUGCAACCUGAUCAUGUAUUUGAAAAACAUUCCUUUGAAAGUAUUACCCGCGCUUAAUAACGAGUCGUGGCUUUGCCCUGUGACUUCCUUCUAUCGUUUGUGUGAUGGGCGUCUGUGUCCAGCAAAACACCGACAAUAAUAUUCUUAACAUCGUAUUUUUGUGCUCCACCAAGCACAAAACUUACAUGUACUACUGAUGAGAUUGUUACUUUUCUUAUUUAUGACCACAAAUUCAUUCGACGGGGAACAAUGUAGAUAAUGACUAAAAUAAGCUAUUUAUUGAUGUACGGAAAUCUAUGACCAUAAUGAAAAUUGUGUUAAAAAACUUGGCAUUGUAGUUCCAUGUGAAAUAUAGUAUACAUAUCAAUGUCUAUGUGGCCUCACAGUAUUUGAAGUGAUUAAUGUAACUGCUUCUAGGACGUCGUGUGUAUGUAGAAAAUAUUAACGCCAUAGAGGAUAAAAUUAGCGACAUUAGGACUAAACAAAACAUUUUAACUAGAUUGUGUGGAUGUUGAAAACGCGUUAAUUUAUCAAUGGUAUUUACUUGUGAUUUUAAUGAGCUUAUAAACAAUGUGCAACUUCUUGUUACAUAGUCGUCUAGUUAGGUAUUGAGUGAGUGUAGAUUUGUUGUCAAUGUUUUUAGACAUGACGGUUGCGUUAGCUAUUAUAUUGCUGUUAGUGUCUAUGUUAACUGAUCCAGAUGAUAGUGAGUUGAUGUUAAAGAUACCUCUUGCAAUGGAAAGUAUCUUCUCUUUAAACAAUAUUAUCUUAUUUGUUUGAUGUCGUGAGUGUAAUGUGACUUGCCUGCAGGUAGUAAUGUAAUUAUUGAACCGAUGUUUCUAUGGAUGUAUUUAGAUGAUUUUUUUAUAUUUACUUGGUAGUUCAUAGAGACUAGGUUGACUAAUAGGACGACCCAACUUGCAGCUGCUCCCACGGGGAAAAAUAUUCGAACUACUUCUGAAUUUUCAUUAUUGUUUGUUGUAUAAUCUUUUACACUUGAAGAGAACCUGACACAAUUCUCAAGUUAAAUAAAGUAUUGCGUUGUUCUUGGUAGCUUUGGUUGGGGGCGGAGUGGUUAGAGCGUUCAUUUCCUGACCGCCAGCAGCUAGUAUAUUCUUUGGAUGAAGUGGUGUGUGGAUCAGACGUAAGGUUACAAAUUCAUGUGUCAAUAAUUGUUCAUUGUAGCUCGUGUACAAGUGUCAGUGUCAUGAACUAACUAAUGCUGGUUGAAUUACUCAGCAAUUGUCUCAUUUCGUUUGUGUGCCGCGGGUUUCUUCUUGCUAGCAUAUGAAGCAUAUAUGACUCUGUAUUUUGUUACUCAGCUUUUGCCAUGUAUUCCUGCCUAUAAAUCUGAAGGUGUGUUCCUCAAAAGACAAUAAUAUGUUAGCUUGUAAGAGGAUUAAUUUGUUGUGCAUUCAAAGGUCACUUGCUCACGGUAGCUUUACCAUUACCAGUGGUCGUGGUAUGACCAUGUCAAGGAUCACACGCGUCUUGCUGCUGUACUGACGAGGUUAUUCUUAAUAAGCUAGGAUAAGAUAAGAUGUAUUAUGAUAUUAAUUUGUUUAGCUUGCACUUCAAAGUUGUUAUUAACGAUACUUGGCACCAACAGCUUCUCUCUUGCCGCUAUGUUAACAAAUAUCUUGUUGAGCAUCGUAGUUAUAUAUUGUAAUUAUUGCUAUGAAAGCCGCCUCUGCUAGUUCCAGUAAUAGAUAUAAUCACUCAAUUGACACACAAUUGUUUUAAUUGCUGAAUAAAAGGGCUUAUGUUUUACAGUAACCACGGUCAUUAAUUUUUUUUUGGGUGUUUAGGUUAAACAAUACGAAGCGUUUAAGUAUUACUUAUUAGGAUCAUCUUAUUAACGUGUUAAUGCUACGGUGAAGUGCUAGUUAGCUUCGACCCGUAGUUGUCAACAAUCAUGUUCAAUUCUUAAUGGAUUGUUUGCGUUUAUCUUAAAAUCUUAGGAUUUUGUCUUGUCUAGAUAUUUAAAGUCUACGCAAAUUCGUGAUCAUCAUGGAACGAUUCUGUUGCUGGAUUACCAUAUGACAAUUCAUGUAUUUUCUAUGUAUUGAUAGCUAUAUUUUUAUAUUCGUGUCUCACAUAAGUUUAAGUUUAUUCUUAAGUAUAAUGGUUAAAUUGGCAUUCAUUGGAAGCUCAUUUAUAAUUUUCUUAUCGCACGAUAUGUGUCAGGGAAUUUUUUUUUAUUGCUAAGUUCGCCAGUGCCAUGGCUCCUUGCGACAUUUUCCCGAAGGCCUAUUAAUUGAUUAGGUUAUUUCUAAGGGAAAUCGACCUAUGUCGUCAUCUGCAAUGGUUUCGGUUUUCUUGACUCGGCAAAAAUUAGGUUUCUUGAUCACAUUCUUUAUUUGGAUAUGGAUAUCAACUCGCUGUAGGAGUAUUUCUCGAUUUUAUUGGCCUAUUUGUUUCUCUUAGUUGCUUUUAAUUCGAUGCGUUGCAAUCAUCUCGUUGUUCAUGGUGCUGUAUAGCUUAGAUUUGUGUCUCUAAUUUCGGCUGAUCUUUCUUCUGAACGAUUUACUGAUUUAGCUGAGGAACAAAUUGGAUUUGGAAUGCUGAUAUGGCGGUAUGUUCACAGACGCGCGCUGUCGGACAACAUACGCAUUAAUCUACACAGUUGAGUCGAUGCAGUCAACGACGAAACUGGAACAUUUACUAUGACCGCUAAAUUUUAUGUAGGUUUUGGAUGUCGUAAAUGUCUUGUACAGCGUGGAUGUCGUCAGCUCGCUGCUACUCUGAUCACUGCUCGUCAUGAUCAGAUUUGCUUAUCCUUCUCAACCGCUUUGUAGUUCUUAUGUUCAGUUACUCACGAAACUUAUUUUCGAAGAGCACCCUAUAAUUUCUCAUGUCAUUAAUUUCUGGUUCAUUUUGGAAGUGAUGUUUUGGGUUCCAUUCGCAAUCUUGGUUAUAUUUUAAUGUAAAUUUCUACUCCAAAGCAUUGUUCUCUGUAGUUUAACUUCGUGCAUAACUCAAGACAGACGUCAAGUUUGCUCUUCUUGAUUCUUAAUUCUACGUUUACAUGGUGUACGUUUUUACUGAAACGCUAUUUCCACACCGAGCAUGAACGCUCUGAUUUAUUCUGCCUGCACCAACUGACAAUAUUUCUCAGCCUCUUCUAUGCAUCUUCAUGGCCAAUUUAACAGAAAUUAAGGCAAGGAUCCAUUGAAUAACGGCUUUCAAACAAGCAGGUCAGACAAGUUUGUGGAAGUGUAUCACUGUUACGCAGUUUGGGUUCUUGGGUUUAAUCUAUGAAGCAACUUAUAAGCUAUGUAGCAUUAGUCAAGUAAUUAUUUCUGCACCAGA